AGCCACGCCCCUCUCCAUUCUUGUCGCUGUUUAGAAGACUGUACAAUAUUACAUAGAACCAUCAGUGACUCUAGCCAUGCAGCCUUUCGGGGACGCUGAGAUUGGGGUGUCGACAUUCUACGCCUCUAGGUAUGCCAAUGAUCAGUGUGGAGCGGACGGUCUCCCACUCACUCCGAGCUCCAUCAAGAUCGUCGGCCGGUUCCAAGAACUCCGGGUCCUCCACCACCCACGACUCUGCCAGUAUCUGGAUGCUGUCAGAGGAAAACAUGAACGCUUGAUAAUCGUUGCCGAGCAUUACAGCAAUAACUUGGGACUUGAAGCUAAGAAAGGAACUUUUAAGGAUCCAGGUCGAAUUCUUCCCAUCAUCCACCAGACACUGGAAGGAUUGAGUUUUAUGCACAAAUAUGGCCUGGUUCACAGAGGCCUUAGUCCAUCCAACAUCUUACUAAACCCAGAGGGUCAUGUGAAGCUGGCUAAGUUUGGACUCUAUCACAUAACCAACUGUGGUUCUGAUGUGCCAUUUCCUAUUGGCCAUCCAAGAUACAUGGCUCCGGAGGUACUCACCCCUGGCCCCAUGCUACCAACCAACGGUGACACACCCACGAUGCCCCUCCCGCCAAAGACCACCAACCUCUCCUCCGGACCUAAGGGGGACGUCUGGUCAUUGGGUAUGGUCAUCCUGGAGCUGUGCUUGGGUCAGACCCUCUGGCCAGUGGCCACCCUGCCACAGAUCUUGGCCAAAGUGAUGCUGCUGGGGAAACACGGGGCACAGAACCAUCCUUUAGACACCAUCCUGGAUGAACAUGCUGGACGACAGAAACUUGACGCCUAUCCAGCCAGUCUGCAGUCGUUUCUGAGAAAGUGCUUAUCAGCUUCUCCUCUUGAAAGACCAAGUACGACAGAGCUGCUAGAGGGUGAUAUGUUGAAAGACAUGAAGCCUUCGGAGCUGCUGCCACCCAGCAGCCUCACCAUGUUCAGAUACCAGGGACUGAGAUGUAAAGACCUAGAGCUCGAUACUGAUCAGGAUGAUGCUAGCCAAGAAGACGACGAGGACCACAUGGCCCAGCGGCCGAUGAAAGAGGUUUACUAUCUCUGGACGCUAGCAGGGGGAGACCUGGAGGGAGAGCUCAGGAAGAAAGGCUUGCUCAGAAGUCAACCUCCACUCUGUGCUCUAGCAAAUAUUGUAACAGACGAUGGUGACAUGCAUGGCAAGGAGAGAGACACCAGCUCACUGAAUGAUGACACUGUCGUAAUACUUUCCUUAGAGCAGCUGAAGAAAAGACUAGAAAACAUUGAAGAAGAAGCAUACUAUCCUCUUCUUGGUGAUGAUCCCAAUGAAGGUCUCCCAACAUCUCAGAGCAGCUCUGAUCUUUCCCAGGGAGCCAGCCUUCCUCUUGUCAUCAGAGAAAGAGACAUUGAGUAUCAGUUCCACCGCGUAGUGUUAUUCGACCGUCUGUUGAAGGGUUACCCAUUCACAAUAGGGAGGAUAUGGAAAGAGGCCCGGAUAGAUAUACCUACGAUGUACAGAGAUGAAACCUGGGCAGCAUUGCUUGGUGUCGAGGGUGAUAUUCAAGCCAAUUAUGAUGCAAUAGACAAGGAGACUCCGACAGCCAUGGACAGACAGAUAGAGGUGGACAUACCAAGAUGUCAUCAGUACAACGAGCUUCUAUCGUCGGUUGUGGCCCAUAACAAAUUCAAGAGGAUACUCAAAGCAUGGGUGGUAUCUCAUCCAGAACUCACAUAUUGGCAAGGUCUUGACUCACUUUGUGCCCCAUUCCUGUACCUCAAUUUCAGCAAUGAAGCUUUAGCCUAUGCUUGCCUGAAAGCCUUCAUCCCAAAGUAUCUCUACAAGUUCUUCAUGAAAGACAACUCUCUGGUUAUACAAGAAUACCUUGCCGUGUUUUCUCACAUGAUUGCAUUCCAUGAUCCCGAGCUGAGUAAUCACCUACAGAGUAUAGGUUUCAUACCAGAGCUCUUUGCUAUCCCUUGGUUCCUCACCAUGUUCUCACAUGUGUUUCCUCUUCAUAAGAUCUUCCACCUAUGGGACACCCUCCUGCUGGGUACUUCCUCCUUCCCUCUGUGUAUAGGGGUAGCCAUCUUACAGCAGCUCAGAGUGGGUUUACUCAUGGCGGGUUUCAAUGAGUGCAUUCUACUCUUCUCAGACAUGCCAGAGAUUGACAUUGAAAAGUGCGUCAGGGAAUCCAUCCGCCUCUUCUGUAACACUCCGAAGAGCGCCACCUACAGGAAGUAUGCGCACCCACCUAAAAAGGUCGAUCGGAUAACUGCGACCUCUCAGAUCAAGCCAGUCUCGUACUACAGCACCGACUCAAAUGACAUGCCAAGAUCAGAACUGUCGAGAGAAGCUCUCUCACAGAAGGACCUGAAAGAAGAGGUGGCACCCCGAAUCUCGGCUGAAGAUCUCCUGGAGCUGUGUGACCUGCAUGGGUCAAACAGUUCUCAUAGUCCAACCAAGAAGAACAAGAACAGCAAACCAAUCAUCCUCAUUGUGGACAUAAGAUCCAGCGAUGACUUCUCAAGAGGGCAUAUACCUAGCAGUGUGAACACUCCUUUCAACUCGGCCUUCUCACCUGAAGGGGACUUGAUCCCGUGUCCUGCAGUCACCCAGCUGUACAACCACAGGGGCAGGGUGGUGACGGUGGUUGGGCACAAGGGCAAGAAUGCACCCAAUUUUGCAAGAGAACUAGUCAAGCUGGGCUUCAGCAAGGUCUGCGUGAUGCAUGGUGGGAUAGAUUGCCUUCGGUCAACUGGACUUCUCACUGUCUCCUCGCCUGACCUUUAACCUUAUCUCGCAUGUGUGAGCGGUACAAGCAACUCUCUUCAAGGUGAAAACAAUGAUUCAAUGGGGCGAAGCAAUAGGCAGACAAGAAUAUUUUAUUUUUAAUAAUCUUAUUGAAUCGUAAAUUCUUUUUUGUUCUCAUAGGCUUUAUUAACGGAGCCACCCAUUUAACAGGCAGGUUAUAAUGCACCUCUGACUGGUAAGAAAUAUUAUAAAGCUGACUUUAAAGUGUGUUUUUUAUUGGUAAAUCACACAAACAAAUUUUGCUCUGUAUGUUAAGGGUUCCAUGUGGCUGUAAUAGAUUUAAGAUAUGGGCUGCAAACGUAAUAUUUCUAUAAAGAGAUAUUGAAUGCUUAAAUGCACUCUUA